AUGUCGCUUGAUUGUCAUAAUCGUCUUACUGGUUUAACUACCAGUUGUGCUCCUUCACCGCGUACAGUUGCUCGUUCAUCAGCAUCAGCCUCAUCAGCAUCAUCGUGUUUUUUAUUAAAAAAAUCCAGUAAGAAUGUACGGUACAAUAAUAAUUUCAAUAACAAUGCAAGAAUCAUUUCAUCCGAUGAUGAUGAUGAUGAUGACGCCGAUGCCGAUGAAGUGGAUCGAUUAUAUUAUCAACCUCGUCGUAGUCAACCGAUAGUGCAUCCACCAAGUGAAAUACCAUUUUGUGAAAAUUGUCGUGUGAUGGAUGAAGAAAUGUCCAAAGAAUAUAAUCAUACUAAUUAUUCCAUGACUACUGGAUCACCUGUAAAUAAUAAUAACACUAAUCAACAUCAUCAUCCUCAUCUUCUUGAUCAAAUGAUUCAUGAUGAUGAAGAUGAAUCUAGAUCAUGGGUUAUGCGUAUGCCAAUUGGUCCAUGGUGGUGUGAAGAUUGUCAAGAAUCAGUGACAUCAACUAAUUUAAGUAUAUCUCAAUUAUUUGCUAUUCUACGCCAAUGGACACCUUAUGCCCAGUUACAGCUGAUUACUAUAGUUGAAGAGAUAUUUCGACGUGGUGCUCAUGUUGAUGAUCGAGAUGGUUUAAGUGAUAUGACUUUAUUGCAUUUUGCUGCAAAAUCCGGUGCAUUAGGCGAUGAACAAGCAGCAUGUCGGAUAGCUAAUUAUUUAUUAGACGAAGGCGCCAAUCUGGAAGCCCGUUGUAAAUGGACCGAUAUGACACCGUUGCAUUAUGCCGCCUAUUUUGAUUGUCCUAUCUUAGCUGAUUUGUUGAUACAUCGUGGUGCAUGUAUUUCUGCGAGAGCAUCCCUAUUGGAUAAUUCCACACCGUUACAUUUAGCCGCUAGUCAACUGUCAUUAGGCACAGCGCGUAUAUUAAUACAAGCAGCAGAUUUCUCAGUGACAAAAACUGGUCAACAAUAUGAUGCGAAAGAGGCGAAAGAUGGUUGUAAUCGUACACCGUAUGAGUGUCUACCUCCUUCCGGUCAACUACCAGAACCAUUGUGUACAUUACGCGAUUUAUUAGCUGAAUUACUUCGUCCAACAUCACCACAACAAACUGAAGAGAUUGACAUUGAAAAGAAAAUCUUACAAGCUACUUCCAAUGACACACAACGAAACGAUCAUUUAGUAACAAACAAUUAUGUAACUGAUCAAAGCAAAUCAACUGACAAAAUUGGAUCAGUUGAUGAACAAGAACAACGCCUGCAAACAUCUCUGCCAGCACCACUACCACCACAAAAACCACAACAACAACAACAACAGCAGUCUACAGGCAAUGGAGUUGAUUGGUUAGUUGCUGAAUCCGGUUUCUUAUCGCCUCGUACCAAACGUCCACCAACUAAUAAUGUGCAACAAACAUCAAAAAAUACCAAUGGCCUGAUCAGUCCACCUCCUACACCGACACAAUUAAAGAAAUUUACAAUUUCAGCAAAAGUCACCUUACAAUCUAUGGGUUUAGCAUUAGGUGAUCGUGUGUGUAUUGCACCAGGCAAUUCAACACCAUCAUCCACAACAGCCACAACAGCAGUACCGACUAGCGGUGAGAAUCGUCAGACAGUGCCGCCGCCACCUCCAACGACAACAACAACAGGUAUUUCUGGUCGAAUUGGGAAACUACGUUAUUGUGGAUCAGUGUCAUUUGCAUCGGGUAUAUGGGUUGGUGUGGAGUUAGAUGAACCUGUAGGUAGAAAUAAUGGAAGUGUAGCUGGGAUUCAAUAUUUCUCUUGUCCAAAUCAACAUGGUAUAUUUGCACCAAUUGGUCGAGUCUACAAAACUGUAAAUAUGAAUGGUCAACAAAAUUGGCAUCCAAUCAGUCUAUCUACUCAUACUACUACUGCUACUGCUACUACUACUACUACUAGUAGUACGACUCAUACAAAACGUUCCAUGAAUGCAUCGACUAAUUUAAGAAAGAAAGAAGAUCACAGUGGUACUAAUAGUAGUAGUAGUGGUAGUUGUAACAGUAGUAUAACGGAUUUGAAUAAAACACCAAAGAAACGUAUCCCUUCAUCACGAUCAAGUUAUGCAAUCAAUUCAUCGACCGGUGGUACAACAGCACCAGCCGCCGCCGGAUCAAGUGGUCCAGUAGUAACAACAACAACAACUGUGAAAUCAUCAUCAUCAUCACAAUUAAGUCGUACGCCUACACCACCGGCGGCAACAGGUGAUUUUUCACAUGUAACACCGAAAAUUGAUACUGGCUUACGAAUUCGUUCACCACCAGUUAAUGAUAAUGAUAAUGAGGAUGCUACGCCACAAACUCAUUCAUUUCAAAUUGGUGAUCGUAUCUUAGUAGCUGGUCAACGUAAAGGCAUACUACGAUUUAUUGGAGAGACACAAUUUGCACCAGGUACAUGGUAUGGUAUUGAAUUAGAUCAACCAGUUGGUAAAAAUAAUGGUUCAAUCAAUGGGAUACGUUAUUUCGAUUGUAAUAUUGGUCAUGGUAUAUUUGCUCCGAUUAAUCGUAUACAAAAAUUACCAUCGACCAUUAGAUCCAUGUCAUCGAAUUUGAUAUUAUACAAUCGAUUUGCAAAAACUGCCAGAACUGCCAGUACCACCACUGCAAUGAUAAAUACAUCAUCACAGGAUACACAACAGUUGGUGGAUGGAGGAGGAGGAGGAGUACCAAUGACAACGAUGACGACUACUACUACUACCGCUAAUACUAGUAGGUCGACUAUGUCAUGUCAACGUCGUCGUGCACCAUGGUCUAGUACAACGUCGCCAAUGAUUGGACGUGCUGUGAUUGGUCGGCCACCAUUGCCAAUUGAAUUAGUGAAUGCAUUGAAAGCUGUUGGACGUGGUCUACCAACUGAAUCAGUUGAUGAACCGGUAUUUUAUUUAACAGAAGGAAUGCAAGUUUUAUGCGCUGGAGAGAUUGGUAUAGUUCGAUAUAUUGGUCCAAUCACAUUUGCUGAAGGUACAUGGUUAGGCAUUGAAUUACGUAAACCAUGUGGACGUCAUGAUGGUUGUGUUGCUGGUCGACGUUAUUUCACAUGUCGUCCUGGUCAUGGUUUAUUAAUUCGACCAAAUCGUGUAUUUUGUCAUGGUAUUAAUGCCUUGGAUUUACUUCCACCUGCUUUAGCUGAAUUAGAACGACAAUUAGCCGCGAAACGUCAUGAAUUAGCACAGAGUAGUAGUAAAUUGUCAUCAGCGAAUUCAAUUAACUCUGGCGGUGAUGAUGAUGAUGAUGAUAAACAUUCGUCUUCUUCAAAAUUGUCUUCAUAAAUUUAUACAGUCCGACAUUUUGCCACACUAUUGUUCACACACUCUCUGUCUCUCACUCACUCAGUCAGUCUCUCCGCUUACUAUCUCGACUUUCUCUCUCUAUAUUAUAGAAUGCAUUUAUUAUUGUUGCUAAAUAUUUUUUCUUUCAAUUUUCAUUUUAUUUAUUUAUGAUUUUUGUUUCUCUGAAUACACUUGUGAUUAGUUCAAUAGUCAAUAAUUCUGUUUGUUAGUUUGUUUAAAUUAAUAAUUUCAUUUUUGAAAUUUUUUUCCUUGAACGUUAUAGUUUGUUUUUUUCAAAAGAAAAAAAAUACUUCAUUUCUAGUUUAAUUUUAUUUCCCUUUUUUUCUGCUUGCCAUAUUAUUUAGUUUAAUUGUUUUAAUUCUUUGAAACAUUCCCAUUUUCUUUUUUUUGUUUAAAUUUGGACUAUUGGAAAUGUCCAAUGUCGUUCUUGUUUUUUUUCGCAUUUCAAAAAUGAACUACUUAAUAGAGAAUAUAAGUAGUGCAAAUCGUCGGUUGAAUUUUUCGCCUUCAUUGGUUGGUUAUUUGUUGUGGUGUGAAAUUUUGAAAGUUUGCCUUAUUUAUUUAAUUUAUUUUUAAUUAAUUUGCCUGAAUUCGCUUUCUGUACAUGUGAUUACAGGUGGUUAUUAGUGAAAUGAGGAAAUUUCAUGACCACUUCUUCCUAGCUUACAUCAUUUUGUUUUUUUGUUGAGUAACAUCAACAACAACAAUAAACUCUAGUCAACAUUUGGAAUUUUGUGUUAUAUUUCACUACUUAAAUUGUUGAUAGGAGGAUUUUUUUCAACCGGUAAACUGUUC